UUCACUACAAUGGCUGCAUGGAAGAAGCAGAAUGUUUUCCUUCUGGUCUUUGUGUUGCAGUUCCUCUCUAUUCAUGGAGCCAAAAUCCUGACAAUCUGCUUCAUUGGUGGAAGUCAUUACCUCCUGAUGGACCAGAUCUCCCGAAUCCUCCAUAACAAUGGACAUGAAGUGAGAAUGUUCCUGCAGUUUGGGGAAGGAAUGCUUCCAGGUUACAAGCCACCGCCAAGUCCAUAUCAAGUCACCACUUAUUCCCUUGAUGAGAAAUAUCUUCAGGAAUUUAUGGAUAUUUUUCUGGAAAAUCAGAAAGAGUUUCUAAAAGGCAGACGUGGAGUGCAGUCCGUCCUUACAUUUUUGAAGGAGCUGUCCUAUCAGUGCAACAUAACCUUACACCAGUCAGAAAUCAUAAACUUUUUGAAGGAGGAACAUUAUGACAUUGCAGUGGUGGACGCAUUCAACCCCUGCACUUUCCUGGUUUCCGAGAAGCUGGGACUUCCAUUUAUUGCUUUCUUUCCUGGGAUUAUGGCCAACGCUGACCGUGUAGGAAUGCCGGUUCCUCUGUCCUAUGUUCCAUUGUUCCAGACGCAGCUUAGUGACCAAAUGGAUUUCUUUGGACGUUUAAAGAACACGUUGAUGUUCCUGGGUUCAUUCGUAGUCCAGAAAAUGAUUGACUCGACAUUUGAUGGUGUCAUCGAAGAACAUUUCCCUGCUGAGUCUAGACCAAAUAUACCUGAUCUUCACUUGAAAGCUGAGCUCUGGCUAUACAACAUUGACUUCACCCUUGAGUUUCCUCGUCCGCUUCUGCCUCACGUUCAGUACAUUGGAGGAUUAUUGGCCAAACCUGUAAAACCAUUAUCACAAGAACUGGAAGACUUUAUAUCCGACUCCGGAGAUUCUGGUUUUAUUGUGGUGACUCUGGGAUCGAUGUUGUCCUCGCUCCCUCUAAUGGACUUCCUCAAGGAGAUGAACGACGGACUGGCUAAGAUUCAGCAGAAAGUGAUCUGGAGGUAUCAGAGGUCAAAAUGGCCACAAGAGGUGGAAAUUCCUCCCAACGUGAAAAUUAUGGACUGGCUGUCGCAGAACGAUUUACUGGGCCACCCUAAAAUGCGUCUCCUAGUGACACAUGGAGGAAUGAACAGUUUGUUGGAAGCUGUGUACCAUGGAGUUCCUGUCCUUGGAAUUCCACUUUUUGGGGAUCAGUACGAAAACAUGGCCAGGGUAAAAGCCAGACAAAUGGGGACUUUUAUUCCACCUGAGCAGCUUAAGGCUGACAACUUUGCAAGCACUAUUCAACACGUCAUAGAAAAUAAAAGCUACAAGAUAUCAGCAAUGAAGCUGCAAACCAUUAGGAGGUCACAGCCAUUUCCCCCAGACCAGCAAUUGGUGAGGUGGGUGGAUCACAUCAUCCAAUCAGGUGGAGGCGGUCAUCUUCAUCCCUAUUCUUACAAACAGCCCUGGUAUCAGCAAUGGCUGCUGGAUGUCCUAUUAUUCAUCUUUGUCUCCCUCGCUGUCGUCAUCUACAUUAUAGUGACAUUAUUCAGAGCUCUCAUUAGGAAAUUAUGUUCUGCAGGAAAGCUAAAGAGGAACUAACAAAACUUGGCAUUGUACUGGAAAUGAAAAUUGAU